UGAUCCUGCACGCUACCGCAGGCGGCUGCGUCCUAAAUGCCAAAUGCUCGCGCGUGAUAACAGCGCAAGGCAUAAUUCCGGGGGAAGAUAACCAACCAUUCGCGGUUCACCUGUGGAUAGAAGGGGCGUUGGCCGCGCCUGAUUCCAGGCCCCGAAAGCCAAAAUGAUCACCAACUGCGUCCACCCGCUCUCCCCGAGCAAACCCCUUCUUCGCCCUUCCACCUGCAACGGUUUCACGGGAUUCCCUGCUCUCUUAACUGCUCGUGGAUCCACAAGUCGUAGAGGAUUCAACGUCCGCAAGAGGAGGAGCUCUUGUAACGGGGCGAAAACCUCGUCAGGCUCUGUAGGAGUGGUGUGCGGUCUCUUGCCGGUGGAUCCCUGGGCACCAAACAUCGACUCCCAGAGCGUGGCCUCCCAGCUCUUCGCCGUCUCCCUCUUUCCCUACCUGGGGUUCUUGUACUACAUCACCAGAUCCAAGACCGCGCCCAGGCUCACCCUCUUUGGGUUCUAUUUCUUGCUCGCUUUUGUCGGAGCCACAAUCCCUGCUGGCAUAUAUGUGCACUAUGGAACCUCCUUGUCCAAUGUUGAUUGGCUGCAUGGUAGUGCGGAGUCCUUGCUUACUCUCACCAACUUGUUUAUUGUGUUGGGACUGAGAGAAGCAUUAAGGAAUGCAAAGGGUGCAAAAAAGAGCACAAAUCAAGUUGUUUCAGAAGUCAAAGAAAAAAGUUCUGUCUAGCGAAUAUAUGCUGUCUAUGUUAAGCUGCCAUUCUCAACUAUGCAAUGUCACUUUGUUCAUUGGUUGGGAUCAAUUAUUUGGCAUGCCAAUCUAUGUCUGGUUUCUGUAAACCAAGCAACCAAACUGCCAUGUUAGUUCGGUGCUUCUCGCUGUUGUAACAAAAAUGCUGCAACGCAACCAUGAUGGUUUAACUUCUUUAUAAUAAGAGAUCAGGAAGCUUAUGCAUGAUUUUCCACAUAUGUGAUCUGACAAAAGUAAACAUGUGGGCAAGGGCAGUCUUCUUGUUGAUAAGGCUUGUAAGGGGUCCUUUUGUAUGGAUAUAUUACCAUCUGUAGGUAGGCUUGAGUCGAAGAGAUAUUGUUCUCUUUUUUAUAUCUAAUGUUCCAAAUUUUACUGAGAGUGCGUUGGUGGAAGACUUUGUUUAGUGAAUUGUAUGGAUACUGAAUUGUCAUUAAUUGACUUAUUUAUUU